AAUUUACAGAUAUUCAAGUGCAGGUUCUGUGGAACUAAGUAUUGUGAAGCAUGCGGCAGAGGAGAUUUUCAUGGUGUAAUGACGGAUAAAACAGUUUGUCAAGUUUGUUUUCAGGUAUUAUGGAAUUGAACUGAUCUUUUUAGCGUCAAGGAGAUCACGAUUAUGGACGCAGUACUAACUGAAACGCAUUUGGACCAUUCGAUUCUUGACUCCGAGAUUUUUCCCUCUCACUACACUGUUUUUAGAAAAGAUCGUAAGAUUAAUGGCCGCCAUGGCGGUGGUGUACUCAUUGCGGUACGUGAUUACAUUACUGUUUCUCUUCGUCCAACUCAUCCGUGCGACUCUGAAAUGCUUUUUAUUGAUGUGCUCUUAUCUUACAACCGACGGAUAACUAUCGGCGUGUUUUAUCGACCCCCGGGAAGUGAUAUUAAGCCUUUGGAAGACCUUCAGACCUUUAUUCAAGGACUUGAUUCAACCGCGGAUUUAAUUCUGGUUGGAGAUUUUAACUUGCCGGAGAUCGAGUGGUCAUGUAAUAGAGCUUUACAACAAUCUCACAAUCACGCCCUUUUAAUUGAUAUAAUUCAGGACAAUUUCUUAACACAGCUGGUCAGUGAGCCUACAAGGAACCAAAAUAUUCUAGACUUGUUAAUCACAUCCUCGCCAGAUAUCAUUGAUCGUCUUGUUGUUGGCGAUUGCUUCUCCGACCAUAACUCUCUUAGUUUUGAGAUCUUAAGAUCACCCUACACCCAGCGUAAAUCUCGGAAAUGUUUCUAUUCAUAUGGCAAAACUGACUGGGCACACCUAAAGAUGUUAUUGGCUUGCAUUCCUUGAACUGUGCUUUUUCGAUGAUGACAUUGAAUACAACUGGUCUUGCUGGAAAGAUCUUUUAUUUACGGCUAUGGAUGAAUGCAUACCCGUGCGCCGGGGCAAGAAAAAUGUAAUGCACCUUGGAUUACAAAGGAUCUUAUUAGGUUGUGCAGAAAAAAGAAUUGUUGUAUAACAAAGCGCGAAAAAGCAGCAAUCCAGCCCUUUGGGAGAAGUACAGAAAACUGAACAAUGUCGUGAAAAGAGAAUGUAACUUAGCUCGAUGGACGUAUAUCAACAAUAUGGCCUCUGAUAUUGCAGUUUCUGGUAAUUCCAAGCCUUUCUGGAAUUAUAUUAAAAGCAAACGUAACGGUACGAACACUCUGGUAUCUUUAAAGGUUGGUGACAAAGAACUGAUUGACGAUGAGAGUAUUGCUAGUAGUUUUAAUUCCUAUUUUUCAUCUGUUUUUUACCUCCGAGGACUUCACCAACUUGCCUUCUUUAGAGCCUUUAGUUUGUGAGAAACUUAAUUAUAUUUCCUGUACUACUGAGGAAAUUUUAAAAGCAUCUUAAGUCUCUUAAAACGAACAAGUCCCCGGGUCCAGACAGAAUUUCACCAGUAAUUUUAAAAUCAUGUGCGUUCGAAUUGGCGCCCUCGAUCUCAUUUCUGGUUAACAAAUCUUUCCUGCUGGGCCAUUUGCCCGAAGAUUGGAGAUCAACUGACAUUGUCCCACUUCAUAAGAAAGGUUCUAAACACUUGAGGGAGAAUUAUCGACCAAUUUCGCUUACAUCCAUGAUAUGCAAAAUCAGCGAAAAAAUCGUACGCGAUAGGCUAACGUCAUUUUGGCAAGACCAUAACGUGAUAAACAAAAACCAAUUUGGUUUUUUGCAGGGUAGGUCUACUGUAACCCAAUUACUCUCUACUUUUCAUGACUUCGCCAAAUCUAGGAAUUCAUCUGUAGCAACAGAUGUUGUAUUUCUUGAUCUCGCAAAGGCUUUUGAUAGUGUUCCUCAUGAGCGUCUACUCAUAAAGUUAUAUAGCCUCGGUAUUGAGAGCAAACUUCUUAACUGGUUGAGGCAUUUCCUCACGUGUAGAAAGCAACGAGUUGUUGUAAGAGGGACUUUUUCUGAUUGGGCACCUGUGAUAUCUGGUACACCACAGGGAACUAUUCUUGGUCCAAUUUUAUUCCUAUCAUAUAUAAAUGAUAUCGUUGAUAGUGUCUCUUCAAAAAUUAAAUUAUUUGCGGAUGACACUAAGAUUUACAGAGAGCUUCGCAACCCUAGUCUCGAUGAACAAUACCUUCAAACUGAUCUGAAUAAUCUUGGUAAAUGGGCGAAAAAAUGGCAACUUCGUUUCAAUGAGGAAAAGUGUGAAGCAAUGCGAAUAACGCAUUCUCGUGACAAAUCGACUACGAAUUAUAAACUAGGUACGGCCUUAAAAGAUGUCAAGAGCUUUAAAGAUCUUGGAAUUAUUAUAUCAAAAGAUCUUACUUGGAGUGAACAUAUUAGUACCAUGGUGAAUAAGGCGAACCAAGUCCUAGGGCUAAUAAGACGGUCUGUUGGAACAGCUAAUACAACAACUUUUUCAUUGCUUUACAAAACAUUGGUCAGACCACUUCUAGAGUAUGCUGCUCCAGUCUGGAACCCAUAUCUUGUCAAAGAUAUUCAUGCAAUACAGUGCGUGCAAAGACGCGCGUCAAGAUUAGCUCUUAGGCAAAAAAGAGGUGAUAUGUCUUAUGAAGAGCGUUGUGACUCGUUACAUUGGCCAUCUUUGUCCAGUCGUAGGACAUAUUCCUCUCUUGUUGAAUGUUAUAAGAUCGUGUUUGGCUUAUCACACUUGGAUUUUGAGGAAUUCUUUCAAUUCGCAAAAGUCAAAUCCACUAGGGCAAAUCACUCGUAUAAGCUUUAUUGUAAAUUAUCUAGAAUCAACUGUUUUAAAUAUUCUUUUUUUAACAAUGUAAUUAGUUACUGGAACAAUUUACCUAGUAAUGUUGUUGAAGCCGGUUCCCUUGACCUUUUUAAAUGUAAACUCAAAUCCUUUUCAAAGUUGUAAUUUUUAUUGUAAUUUUUAUUGUAAUUUUUAUUGUUUGUUGUUUUUAGGAGAGUUUUAUUCAUAGGGUUAACCUCUAGACUCUCCCUUUCAAAUUCAUGUGGUCAUUAUGAGUUUGAAUAAACAUGUAUGUUAUGCAGUAGUGGUACGGGCUCACGAAACAAAAACAGAAAGGACAAAUUCUCCUUUCUACCAGUGAUCAGCAUCAAAUUUCUCCACUACUUUGUAAAACAGAGUGUUCAUGAGAAUUAAGGAAAUGAUCACACGAGAUGAAUCAGUGGCUUUAUAUUUUAUCAACUUCUCCCCACUACUUCUGUGGGAAAUGAAUAGGGGCAACAAAUGAGAAUUCAAAUUUUGAUCCUAAGGUUUAAGGGCUUAAAAAAUUGGCUUCGUCAAGAGAGGAUAAGGACACCCAAAUUUCUGAAAGCUGCGCCCUUUGUGAAACUUGAAAGGUAUUACACCCGGAUAGUUUACGGAAGAGAACAAAGAAAACUGUUUGCUUAAUUCAGUAAAUGACAGAUCGUUUACAAAGCAGGCUCGUUUCAAUUCAUUAGGGACCGACCAUUAGAAAAGUUAUGGGGGGGGGGGGAAGGGGAAUUUUCGAGCCACAGGAAUUUUUUUUCGUUAUCAAAUUCCUUGUAUGAAUUUUUUUUAGGCCAUAGCAUGAAUAUUUUUUAGGGUUAAUUGGCGUGCAAUAAUUUUUUUUCAUUCAAUUUUCCCUUGCGCAAAUUUUUUUUUUGUACUUCGCCCGCUCCCUCCAUAAGUUUUCUAAUGGUCCGUCCCUUACAAGAGAAAUGUCGCAAUCCCUGAAUCACCUUGUGUCACUAGUCUCCAAAUAGACCUUUUGAGUAGAAUUAGUUCUUAUUGUUUUUGUUUAAUCCUUUAAUUAGCCCAAGAUCAUACUUCGUAAGCUUUUAUGUAAAUUGGUUUGUUCCGAAGGAAACUGCUGUGUUCCAUCAAAAAGAUGAACCGGGGGACCUCCCAAUAAAAUUGACCGGUUUGGGGGUAACAGCCGCAGAUUUUGGUCCGCACUUGUGUAUGGUUUUUGGGGGGGGGGAAGACAAGAUUUUUUCCAAUGAAAGUCUCGUUAAUAGUAUUGUCCCACGCAGACCUCCUCAAGGGUUCGUCACAAGUUACUGCCCCACACUGGGGAGGACUGUGUGACAAGCCAAAAGAACCACUGAAAUUGAGGCUAUUUUUAAAGGUGAUGUUACACGAGACGAUUCGUAACGACGAUUUUUAGCGCUUCACAGCGUUGCCACAUUGUUGCGACAUUGUCUCGAAUGGUUGCAACAUUGUUCCAACAUUGCAACGUUGUGUUGUGCUAAAAAUCAUCGUUGCGAAUCGUAUCGUGUAACAUCACCUUUUAAUUAAGGGAGGCUACGUUAACAGGGGUGUCCAGUAAAGGUGGGUCUUAUUACUUUUUUAAAUGUUUUGUCUUAAUAUUUAAUGUCAUAAUUACGAAUUUCAGCCUAAAUGCCAAGGAGAGAGAAUUGGCCAAGACCCAGGAAAAUCAGCUCAGAACAAAAGAACAGUCAACAAGAAAACAGUCAAAGCUGAAACUUCACAAAAGCGAUCACAAGAAGCGAGAAAAGGAUAA